AAAUAAAUUUCUAAAUAGUGUUUUUUUUUUUUUUUGAAUAAAAGUAAAAAUUAUUAUAAACAAUUUGAGAUUAAAUAUGAAAAUAAGCUCUGGGGAGGGCUGCGUCGCUUCCUGACCCUUUUAGCGCCAACUCAGAUAAGUGAACUUUAACGAAAUUAAAAGUGCUGAGCGGAGUGGAGUGGAAAAGUGCAAACGAUGUUUUAUCAAACAAAUAAUUUUUGUCCCGAUCUCUGUGUAAAUCCACCUUACACUAUGGAGACCGAUAAUGUUGAAUCACCUACAAGCCGUGUAAUGUCCACAUUGGGCACACUUUUCACAUUCCAAUCACCUGCAGUUAAAAAAUUACUUGGUUGGAAACAGGGUGAUGAGGAAGAAAAAUGGGCUGAGAAAGCAGUCGACAGUUUAGUUAAGAAAUUAAAAAAGAAAAAAGGUGCAAUUGAAGAACUUGAACGUGCUCUAUCUUGUCCAGGGCAACCUUCGAAAUGCGUAACUAUACCUCGUUCAUUGGAUGGACGCUUGCAAGUAUCUCAUAGAAAAGGUCUUCCGCAUGUCAUAUACUGUCGAGUUUGGCGUUGGCCGGAUUUGCAGUCACACCAUGAACUCAAACCACUAGAAAUUUGCGAAUAUCCAUUCAGUGCUAAACAGAAAGAAGUUUGCAUUAAUCCUUACCAUUAUAAACGUGUUGAGAGCUCUGUGCUACCACCUGUACUAGUACCACGUCAUUCAGAAUUCGCACCCGGCCAUUCUAUGUUGCACUUUAAUCAAAUGCAUGAUCAGAGUAUGCCACACAACGUUAGUUAUUCUACGUCAGGCUUUAAUUCACAUCUGGGUCCCAAUAGUCCACCAAUGACAUCUGUUGGCAGUCCUAGUUCAGUUAGCUCAAAUCCAACUUCACCAUAUGGUAGUUUAGCUGACACACCGCCACCAGCGUACAGUCCAUCGGAAGAUGGAAACUCCACUAACCAAAAUGAUGGUUCGCAGCUACUUGAUGCCCAAAUGGCCGAUGCAACACAUAUAAGUUAUACGGAACCUGCAUUUUGGGCUUCAAUUGCAUACUACGAGCUCAAUUGUCGCGUAGGUGAAGUUUUUCAUUGCAAUAAUAAUUCGGUUAUAGUAGAUGGAUUUACAAACCCAUCAAACAACUCAGAUCGUUGCUGUCUGGGACAACUAAGUAAUGUUAAUCGUAAUAGUACGAUUGAAAAUACACGCCGUCAUAUUGGCAAAGGUGUGCAUCUCUGUUAUACAGCAGGCGAGGUAUAUGCUGAAUGCUUGUCAGAUUCAGCAAUAUUCGUGCAAUCGCGUAAUUGCAAUUAUCAUCACGGUUUUCAUCCUAGUACAGUCUGCAAGAUACCGCCAGGUUGUUCACUAAAAAUAUUUAACAAUCAAGAAUUCGCUCAACUUCUCUCGCAGUCGGUAACGAACGGUUUUGAAGCCGUUUACGAACUAACAAAAAUGUGCACAAUACGUAUGAGUUUUGUGAAAGGUUGGGGUGCUGAAUAUCAUCGACAAGAUGUGACUUCGACACCUUGUUGGAUCGAAAUACAUUUACAUGGACCAUUGCAAUGGUUGGACAAAGUACUAACUCAAAUGGGUUCGCCACAUAAUGCUAUAAGUUCAGUGUCGUAAAUAGUUAAAUUAGUUAAAAAUAUUUAUAAUAAAAAACUCGUUAGUUUGUUUUAAAC